AAUACUCUUCAGAUUUGGAGUAGAUUCUAGAACAUUUUCCAGACAGUAUUUAGUUAUACUUUCGUUUUUGAUCAAGUUACAUUAAUUUAGACACUUAUACAGAUAACCUGCCAUGUAUGAGGUACAUGUGUUAAAAGAAGGUUACAAUAUCAAGCAAGGUCCAGGCAAGCAGAAAUCAUGUGGAUCCAUUACCUUGUUGAAGGGACCGAGGAAUAUCAUUGUAGACACUGGUAAUCCCUGGGAUAAAGAACUCAUACUUGAAGCACUGAGAGGGUUUAGCCUAGAGCCCAAUGAUGUUCACUAUGUAGUGUGUACUACCGCACACAGUGAUAAAGUGGGCAACCUGAAUCUGUUUGGUAGAGCCGUAGGAAUUAUGGCGGGUGAAGUGAGCCAGCAUCAACAUUACUUCCGACAUGGCUUUACUGAGGGGAUACCAUAUGAAAUAGAUGAUGAUAUAGAGGUUGUAGCCACACCCGGUCAUACUGGAUCAGAUGUGAGCGUAAUAGUGAAAAACACAAAACAGGGAACUGUGGCUGUCACUGGUGAUUUAUUUGAGCGUUCAGAAGACCUUGAGGAUUUUACAUUGUGGCAGGAAAACAGUGAGUACCCUGAAAUACAGCAACAAAAUCGUUUGGAAGUUUUGCGAUUUGCUGACUGGAUUGUGCCCGGGCACGGUCCCAUGUUUCAAGUCCCUCAAGAAUAUAAAUCACAGCUUAGAAUGGUGAUGUUUAAUGAAUUUAAAUCUACCACAACAGACAGUGCAGAUGGCCAUGUUGAGUCCUUCUCUGAGUCAACUUACACUGUAAUAGAGCAGGACUGAGAUAGUUGUAUUUUGAAAUGAACUAUACGGUUAAUGCAGCGGAAUACAGAAAGACUUUGAGUUGGACAUUGGUUAUAGCUGAAAAAACAUCUAACUGUGGGCAUGCUGAUAUUACACAUUUUCUCACAUAAUACUAUACGCUGCUCUAUCAGAUUUAACUUUUACUUGCUAGCUGCUUGAAAAGAAAAUACUUACAAGCAUUUUGUGUAUUAUAGUUAUAGACUGUUUGCUUGAACAUUCAAUUUUUAGUUCAGCUAGCACAAAGCACAUCAAUCAAAGUAAAGAGCAAAAGUUUAACAUUAUUAGAAAGCAGUUUGCCUUAUGAUAUUUCUACUACAUUGUAUUUUUAUUAUCAAAUCCAAUUAAGAGUUUUUUUUUCUUUUCUACAUGAACACCAAUUAUUCUAUAGGAAAAGUUUCAAACAAUAGUGUCAUUAUAAGAUAUAUACACAUUAGUAUUCCUUAAGACAGCAUUUGAAAUUGUAAAGAAACCGUGAUGUAUUAUGUUAAUAAUUCACGUACAGGUUUUGUGUAUUUAUAUUCCUUGUAGUGCUAAAUUCAUGCACUUCCGAGCUCUAAAUGUUAGAAUUCUACAAAUUUAAGUACUUAUAUGGUAGAACUUGUAUUUCUUGUCUCCAAUUAACUAUCAGAAUUUGGUAUAAGUGGUGGCUAGAGGACAUGCUUACUGUUUUAAUUUGUAGAACGGUGGUAGUCCAAAUUUGUUGAAGUUCUCUCUAGAGAAAUGGUUCUGCUUCUGUAGAUCAGCUGUCUCUAGAACUGGUAUAGUUUCUUCAGAGUGAUUUCAGAGAACUUUAACAGCAACUACCUGAAGUAUCAUAACACUCAAUUUUGAUAAAAUAUCUUUUUAGCUGUCAUUGAUUGUUUUGUGAUAUGUCUACCGGUGUCGUACCAUGUUAUAUUUCAAGGACCACAAUGGAAAUGAAGAUUUUUUCCCCCUAUUUUGUGCCAUCCUUGUGAAUGACAUGGUUGUAUCAUUAUGUUCUUGCUUUUUUUAUUGUUUGUAUUUUAAUAUGUUGCUAUGAAGUUGUACUUUUUAUGUAGAAAAGCAAUCUAUCAAUCAGGUAAUCUCUCAAGCAGUCACUCAGUCAUUCAAUCAAUCAACUGAUUCAACGGUUUUAAAAAUUUCAGUAAUAUCAUUAUUCAGCAGUAAAGCUGGAUUUAUGGGCAAU